UAAGGGCAUUUGAUGCAUGAUUACAUUAAAAACAAUUUAUAUUUUGAUGAAACAUAUAAAUAUAAAUACAUCGGGAUUUUAUCUGAAUUAGAAUAGAUAUUUGGCAAAUCAUUUUUUAGAUUUACGAAACAUACAUUACACUAUAAAAUAACGUUAUAGUGUUAAUCUUGGUUUUUGAAAGAGCCGACGCGUGUGUAAAAUGUGUUUGGAUUUACAUGUAAACUCGGCUGACAAAACAGGAGUCAAGCGAUGGAUAAAAAUUUUUGUGGUAGUGCUGUUGUUACCAGUGGUCAGCGGAAAUGAUUUGACUUGCCAUGUGGACAAUGGGCUAACGCAAUACGACACAAACAUGUAUGUAUGCUGUUCGGGAUUGCAUCUGAAACAUCAAAAUGGCAGUGAAGUCAAUUGUUGUGCAGGAAAAAUAGUAUAUGACAGUGGCACACACGGGUGUUGUGGUUCAGUACUUUACGAACUGGUUGAGAGCAAAGCACAAAAACUAGUUUGGUACAUGAACAUACGGAUCCAACAUUUAUUUCGAACUAUACGAGUACAAGUCUCUUAG